UAAGGUUGACAAAUAAUAUUAGUUAUAAAUGACUCGUCAGGCUAUAAUAGUAUUGCUUCUCCUAACCUGUGUGUUCACCAGUCACGCUAAGGUGAUUACUCAUGUCCAAGGCGACCUUGAGAAAGAUUACAAGAAGAUUUCAUUGCUUUCAAAAGCGGGUACAACCAAGAAGGCCUCUGAAUUUAUUAAGAGUAUUUUGCGUGGUCUUGGAGAUUCCGAUGUCACCUUCGAGUCAUGUCCAGGCCCUCAUGAAGAAAUUUAUGAUAUUGAUGACGAUUACAGUCAUACGGAGCCUGAUCUGGCAAAGAAAAAUAUUGACAUCACUCUUAUUCUCGAAGGUGUCAUGAUAGAAGACACACACGUAGAUCAACUUCAUGUUGACGUGUAUUGGAACGGCAAUCUUUUCCACACUGAAGAUCAUAAAUUAGAUGAAGAUAUUGAGGAACAAGAACCAUAUGAGCUCAAAUUCUCCUGGUUUGUCCCUGGAUUUGCUCCAUCAGGUCCUUACCUCGUAGACCUCAUUGUAAAAGCCGCUGGACAAGAACUCGGAUGUGAAAGAGUUGCUUUCAAGCUCUAAACGAUACCUACCCCCUUUAUUGCCUAAAAGUACUUUCCCCUACUUAUCUCGCACAUUAUUUGCUCAAAAAUCCCCAAAUCUGCACUAUUCGCAACGUUUGCCAACUUCUAACUUU